GCGAGGGAAAAAAAGCAAGGGAAGCAGGAGGCGCGUGAACGCGUUUUGUUCGCUGACCGUUAUCGCGCGUAUUCGGCCGUCUCGCGGCGUUUAUCCGCCAAGGAGCGCGCGUUUCUCAGCUGCGCGUUCGUGACACGCCCGAACGGAUCAUUACUAAUCCGUCUAUCUCUGGUUUCAUAAACGCGCAGGAGUAAACUCGCUCGCCCGUCGACCUCUCGGCAAGGAACGCGCGCAUUCAGACUCGUCGUCGCUCCCUUUCUCUGUCUCUCUCGCGAAAAAAAACCGUUCGCCGCCGUUAUCGCCGGGACGAGAGAAACGCUGCCGCGGUCGUUGUGUCCGUCUCCGUCAUCAUCGCUCGUCGCAGUCGUCAGCAACGUCAACGUCACCGUCGUCAUCAUCGCUAACGUCGCGAACGUCCGAAAAUCCGCUCGAGUCGCAGAAAAAGAGAUUCUCGCUCGCAAUUUCGGUAAACGAUCGCACCAGUGAAAGCCGCAUCGUUCCUCGAGGGGGGGAGAUUUGGGCAGGGGCUCUGGAGGGGGAAGAGGAAGGAGGUGAAGGAAAAAAGAGACGCCGACGUCAUACGUCGUCGUUGCGGCGCGAGUCGCCGCCGCGCGUCCCUUUUCUCUCUCUCCCUCUCUUUCUCCCCCUUUUCCUCUCCUCGACCAGACCAGACGAGACGAGUACGCACGCGCGCGAGCGCGUCCCAUUUUCUGCGCACUUCCGUUUCGGAUACUCGCGCGAAACGAGCGAACCGCACGUCGUGCGCGGGCACACACAGAAGCGGGGCACACGCAACGACGUCUCACAGAUACACACGGCCGACGGAGGACGGGGGGCAAGCAAACGCAAGCUUGCACAGGCUUGCCGGGAGUAUAGGUAAAAGAUAAUCGUCACGAGAGAGAACACCCACGAACGAACGACGACGACGACGACGUGUUGGGUGUCGUCGCCACCGCCGCCGCCGCCGCCGUUGCCGUCGCCACCACCGCCGUCGUCGCCACCGCCGACGCCGCCGCCGCCGCCGUUGUCGCCGUCCGGAUUCAGCCGUUCAUGCCACGUCGGCCAGAAUGACGUCGUCGUGACGGCGAGAAAAGGAGAAUCGCGCGAUCCGACCGAAUAUCAUUGCUCGCGGACUUUCGAGGGGAAUCGAAUCGCGCGCGGGUAAGAGGGAGGAAAGAAAGAAAAUCGCGCACAGGGAGAGAUCAUUCGCGCACAUAGUGAAAAUAAUCGGUAUCGUAUCGUAUCGCCGCCCCCUCGGCGCAAGGGAGACAAAGAGGGCAACCGAGCUGCAAAACCGAGAGUGCACUGUCGCUAUACAUUCGUUCGUUCGAACCAAGUCCACGGGAAAAUUCGGGAAAAACUGAGGACCGUAUGUUAUCGCGUGUAUAUCGCGUCGAGUAGAGAGGGAGAAAGAUCGAAAGAGAGAGAGAGAGAGAGAGAGACACGAGAUCGGUCUUUUUCACAAUCCAUUCCACGGAGAGAGUUUAUUGAGCUCUCCCAAAUGCUAGAAUUCAGGCAGCGCGGUCGUUAUUACGGCAGAGCAAAGACCUGUCGAGUGUGGUCGGGCGAAUCGAUCGUCUGAUCGUCGUCGGGCGGCCGCAGUGCAGUAAUAAUAGAAAACUUGUCACGGGGUUCACGAGAACGAACAUACGCACGAACGAACGCACGCACGCACGAACGCACGCACGCACGCACGUUUACAGAUCGAGAUCGAUCUGCGGAGAGCCGAAUACGAUGGCAUUAGAAAGUGUUUCCGCGGCAGAGACUCUAAUCCAAAGCAAUGAUAAUGAUUUGGAAGAUGGAGAGAUUCCAUCAGACGAGGAUGAUGAACCAGUCACCCACACUGUGAAUAAUGCACCGGAAAUAACAAAACCAAUACCAAAACCAGAUCUUGUGAAGAACAAGACUUUCGAGCCCAAGUUCAACAAGAACAAGAAGCAACUUGCACAAGCAGCUAAUAAACACGACCGUUUCUUAAAAUAUAAGAGUCCGACUGAAGAUUGGGCUGGAGAUGUUGAAAAAGCUAUCAAGGCUGCUAUGGAAGAGGAUGGGGGAAGGAAUCAAGAGAUCAAGGCGAAGAAUAAGAAUAACAGGAAUAAAGCCAGGAAAAGAAUUCGUGAUGAGAGAGAGGAGGAUCGUGGUAAAGAACAACAAAAGAAGCGAAAAAUCAGCGACGAAGAAAACGGCAAUGAAGACGAGGAUGAAAUGCUCUUUGUACGAGGAGCAUCACCUAUUAGAAAAGAUUCGCAAGAGAAUAACUCCCCCAGACGCACGAACGAACACGAUACUUUCGAAAACGUUACAGAAUACGAAGAGAGACCUAACAUAAAUAGACAUAGAGAAAACGAAAGCAAACGUGGUACCGGCCGUGGCGGAGGGGGAGGUACGAAGACUGCUAGACGUCGUGGUGGCAAAAACGAACGCGGUAAGAACAAAGCCCGUGGUCAAAUGCGAAACGACCGAAACGGCCGUCGGCAGCAGAAUAACGAUCAUGGACACGAUCCGGAGACGAUCUGUUUGUACUAUAUGCAAGGAAAAUGUCACAGAGGAGACGAUUGUCCGUUCUCGCAUAACGCCUUGCCACCUAGGAAAAUGGAAUUGUGCAAGUUUUACCUGAUGGAUUGCUGCGCGAAGCGGGAGAAGUGUCUCUAUAUGCAUCAGGAUUUUCCAUGCAAGUUCUUCCAUACUGGUUUAAAGUGUAAUCAGGGUGACAAUUGUAAAUUCUCGCAUCAGCCUUUGAGCGACCAGGUAAAGGCGAUUCUGUUGAAACACUUGGAAAGUGCGCCAAAAGAGAUUCUUGGUGAUUUUCCCAGGUUAAGUAGAGAAGGUGCAAUGUUAAUGAUAAAUAAUACUGCACGUUCUUUAGCUCAGGGACAAGAUGCGGCAAAUCAAAAAAUCCCAAGUCUCUUCGAAUUAAAUUUAUCAGCACCUACGGAAAAGAACGAUGAGAAGGAUGAGAAAGAGGAACUAAUGGGUCCACAAAAGAUCGGUAUGAGAGAAAGAAAACCUUCCGGAAAGAGGACUCGAUGGGGAUCGGACGAGGACAGAGUUCCUUACGAACAAAUUAUGUUGCUACAGUCGGCGAACGAGCUGUGUCUUCAACUUCCAAAUGUUGCCUUAGGUUUAGCACAGCAACAUAGCAAUACGCAAUUACAGCAGAAGCAACUAGCUGCACCGCCUACAGAUUUUUACACUGAGAUAAAUGUGGAAUCAAACAAAAAUGUACAUAAGACGAAAGAAGAUUUUACGAAGGAUAUAGGGGAAGACGAUAUAUUGGAGCAGCCGAAGAAAAAGAGUCGUAACUCGAUAGAGAACCUGAAGGAUGUUGACUUGAGGCAAAUGCUGAAAGCAAAGAAACCACUGCCUGUGUACAGUAUAGCCGACGAAGUGGCGAACCUCACAAAAAAUAAACUCGACGAUGAGAGCGAUCAAGACGAAGAAUCGGAUCUCGUUAUUGAGAUGCCGGCUGAAGAUGAUGAUAAGGAAAAAGGCAAACACGCAAGUAAUCAGCAAACAGGAGGCGAACAAGUUCAUGAAGCGUCCUCGUCUGCAGACGAGCAAGAGGUACCGUCACACUUGCCGAAAAAGGCGCAGGAGUUGUUCAUGAGAAUACAGCAGCAACAGCGCGCGGCUCAGGACAGUUUCAAGAACAUGGAAAACGAUACCGGCACAAACCCAGCGGAUCGGGUGGAAGAUUGGUAUUCGGAUGAGGAGGACGAUGACGAUGACGACGAGAGCGGUAAUCUCACCAUAGUUGAUAGUUCUAAGGAGGAAAUCGAAUCCGCCGACAAGACCCAAAACGUCGUCAUCCAAGAGGAACUUCAGACAACGACGUCUGCUGCGUCCAACAUACCCCAACCAGCAGCGAUCGUGGAUAAACUGGGAGACUUGAGCAAGAUUGAUAUUAGCGCCGAAGUGUCCAGACUGUUGUCGACAAUCAAAGCCUCUACGGGCAAGACGCAACAGGCGUCGGGUAACUCUACUCAAGACACGUCGAAGGCCAAAUCAACGCAAGACUCUGUGGCUGAGACGUCGAGUCCGAGGGUAUCACCGGAUCCAACACCAGCACCUACCACACUUGUGUCCAGAGAUCCACGGAUGUCCAGGGAUCCUAGGCAACGCAGGGACGAACAGAAACCGAGCAGUCCCAGCAUAUCCGACGCCAAGAGGGACUCGCAGAAGCACCUGCGGUUAGAGACCAGCAUCUACAGCAGCGGUAUCACGCCGAUGGACACGCACAUGGACACUGAUCUCAGGACAAAGACAGAUCAGGAUCUCAGACGGCAGGAUAUGGACUUCAGGCAGCGCUUCCAGACUGGCUUCGGUGAUACGGAUUUGCGAGUAGUAGGCGCCGGUUUCACGGACACAUCCGCCAAGUCCGACGUGGACCUCCGUCAGAUAUUGAGUCUGCCGUUCAAGCCGGCACCUUCGCAUAUGCCGUGUACAGAGAUCGACGCGAGCAUCGCAUCGCACCCGCCCAUAACGUACAAAGUGUACAUCGUCGACAUUCCGCGGCCGGACUACACUGGUCUUAAGCUGACGAAGAACGACGCGCAGGUGAAGUACGAUCCCCGUCUCCGGAAGAUUUUCCGUAUCGUCAAGACGGAGCUGAUAACUGAUUCGCCGAUGUCUCCACCGCCGGCGAUUAUAAAGCAGGACACACCCAAGUCACCACCGCAGAUCCGUUCAGAUCCACGACGGAAGACCCUCGAAGCGGCCGCGUCCAAUCAGUCCGCAGCGAAUGUCAACUCCAUGAUGUCCAAACAGCCACAGUCGAUGGAUAUGGGACCAUCCGGUAUGGGUAUUGGGCCUGGCGGUAUGCCCGUGCCGUCUGGUAUGCCUGGCGGUCCGCCGCCUAACAUGUCGGGACCAGGUGGUAUGAUGUCGAUGGGCCCGAAUCAUGGCCCCAUGAGCAUGGGAAACAUGGGUCCGAUGAGGCCGAUGAUGAAUACGCCGAUGCCGCCGCAGAACAUGCCACCCAUGGGCAUGCCGUCGUCGAUGGGCAUGAACGGACCGCCGAUGCCGAUGCCGCAGGGUCAGAUGAAUUACGACCCGCGCUUCAAUGUGCAGCGAAACAACGGAGUCGGCCUCCUUGGUCCCGGACCCAAUUUCGGUCCAGACAAUUCCUACGAGGGCGGCGCGCCACCGCCGGGAUACGGCGGUAACUUCAACAACUUCGGUCCCGGGGGAGGCGGCGGUGCCGGUGGCGGCGGUGGCGGUGGCGGUGCCGGUCCCGGUCCUGGCGAUUCCGGCAUGAUGGGCUUUAAUCCAAACGCGCCGAACCCGCCCAACUUUAUGGGCGACGGCGCGGACUGGGUCCCCGGGAACGGCAACAGGCGCGGCGCUCGUAUGCGCCGGCGGAAUCGCAACAGGACCAAUAUGGUGGCUAAUAACUGAGAGAAAGCUUCCAAGGAACUCCCAGUAGGUACGACUACCGUGUAGACUGAGUACCUGACGAUAAUUUUCCACCGGGCGAUUCAGUUUACGUAGCGCCAUCAGUCCCUAUGCUGAGAGCUAUUGAGCUGCGGCGAUUAUCAAUCAAGCUCUCGUCGUGUGCUAAGUCGUGUGUGUGUGUAUGUAUAUGUAUAUGUAUGUGUGAGAGAGUAAGUACAUAAGCGAGCAGCGGUAAGAAGAAAAAAAGUUUUUAAUUAUAAGCGAGCAAGAGCAAGAAGGAAAAAAGUUUAUAAUCAAGUCGUGAUGAUAGGGAGAAACGUACGCACGUCCUGUGUGUGAUGCUCAUUCAUGCACGCGCUAUUUCCUCUCCAUUUCGGACUUGCAGGGGUCAGCAUGUUAUACUCGGAACGUUACUUACGACGGCUUCGUUGGGCAGGCUAAUAGCUGUGCGUAAGGCCGCAUAAUUCUCAACAACGCUUAGUUAGCAUAAUUCAUAAUAAAAAGUAAUGUGUAAGAGAUAUUUAUACAUAGCGACGAUAUACGUAUCCUGAUUAACUCCAUAAAAAGACACUCUCGGAACCAUGUUCGUAGCUCGAGCUUAUAUCCAAGGUCAUCAUAAAUUAUUUCACACUUUGGGGACCGAAUAUUCACACACAUACACAUGUAAAUCACUGUCCCUGUAUAAACAACGCCUGCGGAUAUCGCUCCUCAGAGUGUUGAAAUGUUGCAAGAGGUCGUUUUCGUUGUUAGUUGCUUGCGCAGCAUCUGAAAAUAAAUUUGGGAUGAUCUUAAAUGUAAGUUCGUGCUAUAUAUAUAAGACCAACAUAAUAACUUUAACAUGCCAUAUAAUUAGGUUGUUAGAAUGUUCUAAUCGUACACGUUAUUGGCUUAUUUAUUUAAAGAGAAGCGAGAACGAUAUGUUGUCCACGUUGUGUCAUCGUGAUUACUUUACGCCACCAAUGAAUUCCUCACGUCGCCAUGAUUGCUUUAACGUCGGGAGGCGUAUGUGUUGCAGUUACAAGAUAUUGAUCAUAUAUAUUUGUUUAUAUUCAUAAUUAGUAACCUAAUUAUAUCGUGUGUUUCUAAAUAUUAUGGUGGUCUGUGCACACACAUUUUUAGCAUGUAAGUCGCGCCAUCAAUCAAUUAAUCAACCAGUCGACCGGUCGAUGAGGCAAACAGGUGAUAACGAUUGCAUUGAUAAGUUUUGUUGUCUUCCACAUGCGGCACGCGACACACGAACAAGCAAUGUGCGUACUCUCGCGGCAUGCGAGACACGCGUUAUAUGUCUUUGCGCUUCGCGUUCGAGCGAUUCGAUCGACACGUGCUGUCGGAAUGGUGAUUCCAGCGAGGCGAGAAGUAAUAUGACAUUAUUCGUGUACAAUACGUUUAUUUAUGAAGGGCCGAAUCACUUUUUUGAGAGAUAAUUUUUGUAAUAUCGCAUGCUUGCUCAAGAGCGAAAAAAGGAAAGGGAAAAUCUUGUAUAGCAUAGCGAUAUGUUCUCUUAAUACUACCUUUACCGACAAUGUUGAGUUUAAGAAAACAGACAUCACGUACAUACAUAUAUAUAUAUAUAUACAUAUAUAUACAUAUAUAUAUAUAUAUAUAUAUAGUAAAGAUAGAUACCAUUGUGACAGAUUAACGGGACACGAUAAUCUGUUAUCCGUUUAAGAACGCGAAUACGUUGGUAUAUACUUGGUUUAAUAUAUUUAACAUUCUAACUACUGUUAUAUAUAUAUACUCGACCCCAAUGUACAGCCUUAUUAUUUAUUUACUUUAAUUUGCGCGUAUGUACACACAAUUCUUUACUGUUCAGACGCCGACUAUGCGAUCUAUAUGUCCAUGAUGAGAACGACCUGCGCAGAUUGCGAGAUUCGUAAGACCAUGGACAUGUAGACUUCAACGUGAGAUGCAAUUCUUUGUAAAGAAAAAAGGAACAUGGAAGAAGAAAGAAGUUUUAAUGUAUCUAUUUCGCGAAACGACUAUACUUUUUCUACUUACGUUCUACAAUGUGAGAGUGCGAGUCCUGUUGAACUAUAAUUUUCUAAAAUUAAUAAAAAAACUUAUCAAGGAUCAAGCGACUCGAGAUAACACACGCAGCUAUGCUCUCACAUACCUCCGAUGUAAAAUACAAUUGCUCGAUUGAUCUUUUUGAUGUACAUAAGGAAUUAUGUAUCUCACGAUAAUAAUACUCUGCAGCGAGUCAGAUUUUUAAAUACAUAUAUAUAUAUAUAUACAUAUACAUAUUUCCGUCAGAAUAAACUGGAAUAUAUAUAUACAGGAUAUAUAUCUAGUUAAAUUUGCUUCAAAUAAUUUAGUCGUUAUUAGAAUGUUAAAACAUAUUGCGAUUAUAUCGUUUCCAUUAAUUCACUCAACAUCACUAUUACUGUAAUAUGAUAGAGUGACGUUAUUAUUUGUAAAAAGUGAAGUUUACUAUAUCAUAUAAUAAGAUUUUUGUACAGAUGAGACUUGCCACUUUCGACGCAAGUUCUCGGUGCUUUAUUUCAUUAAUGUAAAUACCACUGUAUUAGUUACAUGCACUUUUUAAAAUACAAUUAUAUAAGAA